UGCAAAUCAAAUUAGAUUAGACACAAUCUUUGAAACUUGAAAACAUCAUAUGCUCUCAUCUCAGUCACCAGAGUCGCGCUUCUCACAGCUCUCCGCCCCCGUUCCCAUUUCGCUACAAUGCCGAUCAACCCAGAUUCCACGCCGCCUCCGAGGAUCGGAAAGAUCGGCCCCUACACCGUCUUCAUAACUCCUCCAUCCACCCCUUCACCCCACACUCCUUCCAAGUCCAUGGCUUCUCCGAUGCAGUCACCGGCCCCGGCAAAGAUCCCUCCGUCGGAAGCGGCGCUCAAGACUCCACCUCCGGUCAUGGUACCCCCCAAACAAUAUGAGACCCGCUCCACCAAGCCCCGAUCGAGUUCUGGGGUUUUCUGGGACGCUGUAGCUAAAGUUCAAAACGCGCACGCAAGUCUGGAUGAGAACGUGGCGUAUUGGUUCGGGUUGAAUCAAUCAAAGUAUCAGUGGGCGCUCGAUGAUUACUACGAGAGCAAGGGAAUUGAUCCAGCAGAGGCAAAAGCUAGAGCUAUAACAAGCAAAGUAGAUAGUGUUUAAUGCGCCUAUUUUGCCGGGUCUAUCUCGAAAUGCAGUCUGCAAGGCGUUCCCAACAAGUAGAUGUAACAUAUGCAUUAGCAGUACUUGUGUACUAUAGAGCUCAUUUGUCCACCAACGCCCUAGAGUACGGCUGUUGAUUUUUUAUUAGCUGCAGCCUGCAAGGAUGCAGCGACUAAAUAUUUUGUGGUGUGUUUUUGCCUUUGGCAUUGACCCAUCUGAAUCUUUCUUCAAUUUGCUUGAAGCAUUUGUUUGUUAAUAAACAUGUUGUAUGAGUAGCGCAUUGGUUCAAGUUGCUUCAUCAUACAUUGCUACAUCAAGAAAGAACGGUCUUAUUUCUUCUUAGUUAUUCAUAUUUCAUAUGGUGAAACUGAUUUCUUUCCCUUUAUUUUUGGGAAAAGAGGCUGGAUAAGUACUCGAAUUCGUCUGUUGUGGAGUUGCGGAAUUAAAAGUACACUAAAUAUUUUGUUCAGGACAAGUACUUUGACAUGUCUGGUGCAAUAUUGUAUAUGGACGAGUUUAGAUACCAUGUAAACUCUGAGUCUCUUUGGUGGGACGAAAAUCGGCUGUUUUAGUUGAUUGUGCUGUAAUAUAUGAAAUUCUGGC